GUGUGAAAGGGCUUGCCCAUGUGGGAACAAGGGAUUGUCCCAGAGCAUGAGGGAAGGCACACAGUGUACAGGGAGGCAGUAGGCUUGCCUUGCCAAUCUGAUUUGUUGCCUGCUGCUUGGCAUUGAUGAGUAAUUCUACCUGAUAUCCCUCUAAUUAUCAAUGCUGGCCUUGAAACUAGCCUCAAGAGAUUCACUCCAGAACCCUUUAUAGAUACAAAUGUUUGAAAUCAAGAGGGUUUUUCUUUCCCUAUUUGAAAAAUGUUUGGUUUGAAUGAUAGGGCAUGGCUCAUUAGAACACAUCUGAAAGCAAGCUGUGCAGACAUCUUGUGCAACAAUCUAAAUUCCAAAGCAGAUGAUGUCACGUAUCUAUGCCUUAUAAAUGGAGCAACGUUUCAGAUGUAUCUGAACAAUUUAUCUGCACCAAUACCCAGUGCUACCAGAAUGGCUGUCUCAGUACUUCGCCUGACAGUUGUCCUGGGACUGCUUGUCUUAAUCCUGACCUGCUAUGCAGACGACAAACCAGACAAGCCAGACGACAAGCCAGACGACAAGCCAGACGACUCAGGCAAAGACCCAAAGCCAGACUUCCCCAAAUUCCUAAACCUCCUGGGCACAGAGAUCAUUGAGAAUGCAGUUGAGUUCAUCCUCCGCUCCAUGUCCAGGAGCACAGGAUUUAUGGAAUUUGAUGAUAAUCAAGGAAAGCAUUCAUCAAAGUGACAUCCUCAGGACACACCCAUGUGGCUCCUGGACAAUCCAAGAGCAGCCAAAUCCUGCUUUUCCAGUUCUGCUUCACAAGUCCUCCAGGACAGAGUCCUCAAAGCAACUCCCAGCGAGUUCUCAGGAUUCAGGCUCUGGCUUCAACCAAACAGAACUCAUUUUGAACACCCCGACUGCAUUUUUGCUUUUAGAAAGUUAGAAUAAAUAUGGCGCUUUGGGAUCACAUAGUUGAUUUAGA